AAUUGUCAUGGAACAGUUUUGACUCGUCAGGGGGGACAGGGAUAUUUCCCUUGCACGUGUUGUGAUUCGUCAUUCUGCCCCCCUUUGGUACGCUAAUGCGCUCCACCUACCCGAACUUCGAGACCGUGAACUUGAUCUGAUAUUCCGAGUGACAAAGACCACUAAGAGCCCAACACACACUUGUGAUGUCUGACAGAGGAAGAGGAGGACCAAGAGGGCGUGGCUAUGGAGGUAGAGGACGAGGUGGGGGUGGAGGACGAGGCGGAGGAGGACGAGGAGGAAGAGGAAGAGGAGGGCCACAUCCACCUGGUCUGACAGGCAGAGAGAUAGGGAUGUGGUAUGCUCAGAGAGGUCGGGGCAAUAAACAAAGACGAGAGCUGAGAGAGAGAGGGACUGUGAGCCUGAAUGAUGAACAGGAGAGGCAGAUCAAACGAAUGCUUCGUGAGGUAGAAGGUCUCAGAGAAAAUACACCUCAAUCUAAUGCCCAGCCACAGCCUAAAAUGAUGAGACCGGCAGAUGUUGUGUGUCAAAACUUCUAUGGCCAUGGACUGAUGCAAGAUCCCAAUCUAGACCAACAGCUGCAAGAAGAUAUGAUCAAGAAGGAAAAAAGUGAACAGUACAGGAAAAUGCAGACCUUCAGACAAAAACUUCCCUCAUUUAAAAUGAAAGAUGAGUUAUUAUCUCUCAUCAGAAGCAACCAGGUUGUAGUUAUCAGUGGAGAGACAGGGUGCGGGAAAACUACCCAAGUUCCACAGUUUAUCCUGGAUGACUACAUCAACAGAGGUCAAGGGUCAACAUGCCGUGUCAUCUGCACGCAACCAAGAAGGAUAAGUGCAAUUACAGUUGCUGAGAGAGUUGCAGCUGAGAGAGCUGAGAGGUGUGGUCGUGAUAACAGCGUUGGGUAUCAGAUACGACUUGAGAACGCCUUCCCACGCCCACAGGGAUGUAUCCUAUACUGCACAACAGGCAUACUUCUCAAGUGGCUCGAAGGAGACAAGUAUUUGAAGAGUGUUAGUCAUAUUGUAUUGGAUGAAGUCCACGAGAGAGAUCUACUUUGUGAUUUUCUGCUCAUCAUCCUCAAGGAGCUUCUACCAAAGAGGAGUGACCUGAAAUUGAUAUUAAUGAGUGCUACUCUGAGAGCGGAAUUGUUCUCCGACUACUUUAACAAAGCCCCUAUGAUCAACAUUCCUGGAUUUACAUUCGGUGUCACAGAAUACUACCUUGAAGAUAUUCUAGAAAUGACUAGGUAUCAACCUCCAAGACCAAAAACAACUCGCAAUGAACCGGUAUGGGUGAAGUACAAGAAAGGAAAGAAGACUCGGGAGGAAGAGAUGGAGAAAGAAGAACAGGAUCGCAAGAAGUUCAACGAGUACCUUGAGUCUAUGAGGGGAACGUACUCCCAACAAGUGGUGGAUUGUCUUUCUUACAUGAAUCAUGAUGUCAUAGAUCUCGACCUCACUGCUGAACUACUUCGAUACAUCUCGCUCCAGAAACCAGACGGUGCCAUUCUUGUCUUUCUGCCUGGAUGGGAUCAAAUCAGUAAACUCCAUGACAAACUAACAUCUCAAACUCUCUUCUCAAGUGACAGGUUUGUCAUCAUUCCUCUGCAUUCCAUGAUGCCUACCCUCAACCAGAAACAGGUAUUUGAACGUCCUCCUCAAGGAGUACGUAAGAUCAUCAUAGCAACCAACAUUGCAGAGACGAGCAUCACCAUCGAUGAUGUGGUGUACGUGGUGAACAUAGGACGCGUGAAGGAGACAAACUUUGAUUUCACAAAUAAUAUCAGGACGAUGAAGGCUGAAUGGGUCAGCAAGGCAUCUGCUCAUCAGAGGAGAGGAAGAGCUGGGAGAGUACAGGAUGGGAUAUGCUUCCAUGUGUACACCCAGCUAAAGGCAUCUGAAAUGGAGGAAUACCAACUGCCUGAAAUCAAGAGAACUCCCCUUGAAGAACUCUGUCUUAACAUCAAGACCCUGAAGCUUGGGGGUGUUCAUCCCUUCAUCAGCAAAGCAAUGGAAGCACCAGACAUCAGAGCUAUCCAGCUAGCAAUCCAGAGUCUCAAGCAAAUGAGAGCCUUUGAUGAUAAUGAGGAACUGACAGCUUUAGGUUACCAUCUAUCCCGUCUUCCUGUGGAGCCUCGUAUCGGUAAGAUGCUGCUGUUUGGUGCCAUGUUCUGCUGCCUAGAUCCCAUCCUCACCGUAGCAGCAUCACUCAGCUGGAAAGAUCCAUUUUACAUUCCUCUGGGGAAGGAGGCCCUCGCUGACGAGAGGCGGAGGAUUCUCUCUAACAACACACGUAGUGAUCAUCUGAUGUUGUGUAAUGCUAUGAAUGGAUGGGAGGAGGCUAAGGAGAACAGAGAGGAAGGAUCUUAUUGCUGGCGGAACUUCAUGUCUUCCAAUAUCCUUAGUAUGCUGAGUAAGAUGAAGGGUCAGUUCUGUGAUGUCCUGCAUCACAUGAGGUUCAUCUCCAACAGAUCACCAAAACACAUUGAUGCCAACAGAAAUUCAGAGAACGAACAGCUCGUGAAGGCAGUGCUGUGUGCCGGUCUAUACCCAAAGGUUGCUCACAUAGACAAAUCUGGACCUUCUCGAAAUCCAGCUCGGCGGAGACCACCUAAACUAAGCACCCAGGAGGAUGGACGGGUUCAAAUCCACCCAAAGUCGGUCAACGCCCAGGAAACAACCUUUAGCAGUAAAUGGUUGCUCUAUCAUGUCAAGAUUAAAUCUACAAAUGUCUUUCUUCAUGACACAACAAUGGUUGAGCCUUAUCCCUUGAUCUUCUGCGGUGGCAAAAUCUCUUGGGACGAUGACCUGGGACAUGAAACAGUAUUUGUUGAUGACCACAUCAAGUUCCAUUGCUCUCAAGAAACGGCAAAUCUUGUCAUUAAAUUACGUGAGGAGCUUGACAGAGUCAUGGAGCAGAAGAUCACGAACCCUGGACCCACAAACUGGAGUCAGUCAAGCCAUGAAGGCCGGGUCAUGAGGGCCAUUGUUGACAUCCUUGUCAUGCAGUCCAGAGAUACAUAUGAGGAUGAUGACGACGAUCAGGGAUUUGUACAUGGCAGCAUGAGGAAUGAAAGGCGGUAUGGAGAUGAUGACGAGGAGGAUGAUAAUGACUGGUUUGAUAAUGACGGAGCUGGUGGGGCUGGUGGAGGAACGCCACAGAGAGGGUCCAGGAACAAUGAUGGUAGGUCUGGGAACAGCCACUGGAGACCUCACUCGCAGCAGAGAAGACAUCAAGGAAAUCAUCACCAGAGUUACUGAACUCAGUGAUCAAGGUGUAGGCUUGACUGAUGCUGAAUAUGAUGAAAGGGUUGAUAAUGAUGGGGCUUGGCGGGGGUGGUGGAGAAUGGAAUUAUGAAGGGUCCAGAAACAUGGGCAACAAUGAUGGCAGGUCUUGAAACAGUAAUUGGUGGCCUCACUCACAGCAGAGGAAACAUCUGGGAAAUUGUCACCAGAGUUACUGGACUCAAUGAUCUGAAUUGGCCAGUCUUGAUUGUGUUGGCAGGGUUUAAAAUGGAUGGGGCUGGUGGGGAUGGAGGAGAAUAGAACUGCGGAAGGUCCACAAAUGUCUCCAAAUACUGGUGGCAGAUCUGGAAACUUUCUCUGGCUACCUCACUCACUGCAGAGGUGAUAUCUGGGAAUCUGUCAUCAGAGUUUCAGAACGUGAUGAUCUUGGUGCAGGCUCGGCCGGUGAAGAUUAUAACAGCAUCGAUAAUGAUUGGGCUGGUGAAGGUGGUGGAGAAUGGGAUUAUGGAGAAUCUAGGAACACAGGCAACAAUGAUGACAUCUCUGGAAACAGUCUCAGGAGACCUCACAGCAAAGGAGACAGGAAUCAUCACCAGAGUUAAGCAACUCUGACCUUACAUCUCUUGAUGAUCAAGGUGCAGGCUUGGCCAGUGAUGAUGAUGAAUUCGACUACUGAGUUCACAGUGAUGAGACUUGAAGAUGACUGGACGGCAGUAAGGAGGAUCUUCCAAUUCGUUGAUAAAAAGAACAGAAACAGUCCAUGGGACUGAAACCAAAGGUAGGAGAUAAUCAGAAAUUUCUUGUACUGAUGGUACUCAGUGAUAUAAGUGAAAAGAAUAUCGUCUUUGAAAUCUAGAAAAUAAAAUUGUAUCAACAACAUCCAAAAUAGAACAUUUAUGGUUGUUUGUCACCUGAUAUUGAAGAAUCAUUCUCACUCAUGAAUCCCUUGCUGACAAGGAAAUGAACCAUCAAAAUCAGUGCUUUGCUGAAGUUUUCAAUAAACACCACUUUGGCUGAUUCAUUUAAGAUUUGUUUUAUACAUUUUUGUGUAUUUAUUGUAACCCUUCCUGUUCUGCAGUCAUCUUACUUGCAGGCCUUUUAUACAUUACACAAUUGAUAUCAAUUAACACUUUUUGAUAGACAAAACUUUUUUUUUAGAUACCCUUUUAGUGAAAAGAAUUUGUUACUUUGCUGGUCACUUGUGCUUACUAUAAUUUUAUGGUUAACUUUUUAUAUUCCAUCAAUUAAUAUGUAAGCGCACUGUCAUUAUCAGGUGACACAAUGCACAUACACAAAGUUUAAAAAUGGACCCAAAACAAGUAAGCGAUUAUCCUUCGAUCUGAGAGUACCCUUACAUGUAUUCUGUAUUCUAUAAUUUCCCUACCCUAAAGAAUGUUUCAACUAUUUUCUUUUUCAUGAUACAGAAAAAUAUAUACCCUUUUCAUGUUUUAGGGGUUAAAAACUAGGUACAGUUUCGCAGACGUUGGCUAGUUUGAUACCCAUUUCAGUGUUUGUGUUGUGUGUGUACAUUGCACUGUCAUGAUUACAAUUCUUGUUUACAUGCAUUUGUAUGCACCGGUACUAUGAGCAAAGUGUCCACUUUGUAAAAGCAGUGCUCCCUGGGCAUUUACUCAUAUUCCCACCAAUUGCACCAAAGCUUCUUUAAUAUUGUGUAUUAAAAGAGGGCUCAACUGUUUGCUAAAACAAGAUGUGAAAUAUGUUGAAAGAAAAAUAUAAGGAAUGUGAAUUUCAUUGUGAUUCAUGUCUACAGGGGAAUUCAUCAUGGUGGUUGAUUAUCUAACCUGAUUUUUAUCAUCAUUUUCUCAUAUGUCUGUAAGAGUUAAAAAUACACAUCAUUUAUUUGUUACAAACCUACUGUACAAUGUCUGUUAGGCUGAAAUCAAACUUUGCACAAAUUGAUUUGCUGGUUAUUGGAUAAGGAGUACAUCAUUGAUUUACUAGAUUUCGGGAUGCACUGUUUGAUCAGAAAGAUGGAGAUUCAUCUCUUGCUUCAAGAAGUGUCUUGGAAAUCCCUUCUAUCCAGCCACAUUCUUUUCCUGCCUAAAUCAUAUAAUGUGUAUUUUGAUGAGGAGUUAUUCUACAGAGUUAAUUGCAGGAGUGCAGGGCCAAAUACACAACAUAAAAACAUGUUCUAUGAUAAUAUGCCAUCAAAGUUCACUUUGCAUGAUAGGCUUGUUGGUUGACCACAUUUUCCUUCGACAAUACAAGUCAAGUAAUCACGAUCCACAAGUGAGAAUUGAAAAAUAUGAGAAACAUUCUAAUAAACAGUGAAGCCUUGUCAUAGGGACGAAUGGGUUGACGACUAUUUCCUUGGACAUUCAAGUCAAUGUAUCAUAAUUGGUGAGAAUUAAAAAUAUUGAUAAAUAUUUAACGAAUGAUAAAUCCCAAGCAUAGGGACAAAGGCUGAAUCACUAGUGCUGUACAUGUCCAUGUAAGUGAAGUUCUAAGAAACUAGUGUUAAAAUGAUUAGUAUAAGGUGUUGAGUACGCUGGUCGACCAAUCUCUCAUGACUACUCAAUUGGGUGACGUCACAAUAAGGGUGCAACUUGCGCGCAUAUAUUGUAAAAUCUAGACAUGGAUUGUGAAUUACGUUCUGGUAUGUCCUUCAGUUCCAAAUUCAAAUAAUUCAAUCUGUAUAGCGUUUCAAACUGUUAUGUAGAAUAUUCUUUUAAUGAUUGUUUCACAAUUGUAACAGUUUUUUUACUGCUCAUUCUACAACAUUCCACCACUUUCUUUUUUUUAUUCCUCUCAACAUUCGUAGAUUAAAAACAAUUGGAAAUAUUGUUCAUUCUAGAAUUCUAACAAAAUCCCCAAUCACUUUAAUGUAAAGACUACUGCCUGAGCUAGAUUACUAUAUACACGCCAUUAUUGAUAGAAUACUUGUAACAAGAUAGAUUUGAACAUUGUCUUAUUUGGUGCUAGGCAAGAAAAGCUCUACUUAUGUGGUCUCUAGUUUGAUCACCUAUAUAUUGUUGAAUGCUACAUAUAAAAAGGAAGACACUUCUUUGAAAGAAGUGAAA